GUCUCAUAAAACGCUUGUGUUUUUACGAAUUUAACGGAAUAAAGGUGCUUUUUCGAAUUUGUCAACAAAAGCUAAACAAUGUGCUUAAAAUAAAAAUAAUAAACAAAUAAAAGUCACCAAACAAAUAAUAAAAAACAACACAAUUUAAAGUGAAUGGGUUCUUCUCUAGCCAAAUUUUGCAUAAAACACUAAAUAAAACUUAGCAAUGAAAGAUAUAAAAUAAAUGCAAACAAAAAAAUAACAAAACGAAAUCAAACUAAAAACCCAACCUCUGAAAGUUAGAAAGGAAGUGCAACAUUUACCAUCAUAAGUAGUAGUAAAUGUUCAAAUUUUGAUAACAAAUCCAAUUGUAAAAAAAACUUAACAAAGAAAAUAUUAAAAUCAAAAAAAAAACAAUUGGAAAGGCGAAUGAGAAACCAACUAGCACGUGCCUUUUCCCUCUAAACUAUACGAAAAUCAUCUAUAAAAUCAAACAAAUGUUUCUUCAAACCUAAAUAAUAUAGAACAAAAUUAAUUGCUAUUUGAAACAAAUAAAGAAACUAAUAACACUUACACCGCCCCAACAUGUCUUUAAAGAAAGAGACACCUUCGGAUGUUUUACUACAUUUGGCUGCUUUGAGGGGUGACGAUAUUACGCUGCGACGCGUUUUGGACAGUGGAAAGGUUCAUGUCGAUUGCAAAGAUGAGGAUGGCACCACACCCCUGAUACUGUCAGCCGCUAGUGGACAUACUACGUGUGUUUUGGAAUUGCUGGAACAGGGAGCAGAUCCAAAUAGUAGAAGAGCCACUGGUACAACACCGCUAUUUUUUGCUGCACAAGGGGGUUAUUUGGAUGUGGUGAAGAUAUUGAUAAAGGCGGGUGCCAGUGUUGAUACACCGUCAGUGGAUGGUGGUACUCCUUUAUUUGUGGCGGCCCAAGGUGGUCAUGUUAAAUUAGUUAAGGAAUUAUUAGAUUGCGGAGCCAAUGUUAAUGCCUGCAUGAAGGAUCGUGCUACCCCAGUUUUCAUAGCCGCCCAAAAUGGCCACCGUACUGUAUUAUCUUUACUUUUAACCGCUGGCGCUUAUCCCGAUACUAAGCGCAUAGAUGGAGCUACACCUUUGUGGAUUGCCGCCCAAAUGGGUCAUGACCACAUCUGUAAGGUUCUCUUACAAAAUGGUGCUAAUGUGGAUGCUGUGAGAUGUGAUGGUGCUACUCCUUUGUUUAAGGCGGCCCACAAGGGUCAUGCGGCUGUGGUCACAGAAUUGUUGAAGCAUCGACCUAAUUUAACAUUGUUGCCGAAUGGCGAGACCGCUUUACAUGCCGCCGCCAUGUUUGGCCACAUGACCGUGGUAAAACAAUUAAUAGCUGCUGGAGCAGAUAUUAAUCAGACCAACCAUGAUGGUUUAACGGCUCUUCAAGUAGCACGUCAACAGAAAUACACAUCAAUAUGUGAGUAUUUACAGGAACGUCAGAGGACCAAUAAAACUCGAAAUCAACAAAGUUAAGAAAGAGCAAAGUAUUCCGAGUGAAACUCAAAAAUAAACUUAAAUUAUUACAAAACAACCCGGCCAUAAUUGUUAUAAAGAAAGUUUCACUUAGGGAAAUUCGAAAAUUGUUCGAAAUGAGGCAGAGCUUAACAGUUACAGUAAAUAAUAGAGCUUUUUAAAAUUUACAGUUUUCACUUUCACUCUCUCUCUCUCUAACACAAACACACACACACACAUACACCUGUUUCCAACAUUUUACUCAUACAGCUUUAAGUGAAUUACGAAUUAAGUGAAAAACUAAAACUAACCUAUACUUAAAUAUCCAUUUAUUGUGGAUUCAAAUUUAUUCGAAUACUAUUUGUUUAUAAUAAAUUGCACAAUUAUUUGAUAUUUAACAACAAUAACACACCUACUUUUGCCUACUAAAUAUUUUAUAAUUAAUUUAUACAAAACUAUUUGUUUUUUUUAAUUUGAAAACUAUUUUCAAAUUUUGCCUGGUAUGUAUUAUUGAAAAUACAAAUAAUUACGAGUAUAAUAAAAUAAAGCACCACGUCCAUUUUUUUAAAAAAAAGAAAACUAAUCAAAAUCUAACAAAUCCUUAUAAUAAAAAUUCUUAUGAUAAUCAUUCAUACCUUUUUUGUGGUUUAUUAAAUAAAAAAA